GCACACAGACAAAUGGCCUGGACUUUCAGAAACAGACUGUGCCUGCCACAGGGGCAAUAUCUACAGCCCAGGCCUUCCUUGGACACCUUCAUCAGGUAAAUAUUUGUUUCUUUUCAUUCUGAAAGGUACUAUGUCGGCAAAACCAGAAACAACAAAGUAGUGCAAGGUUGGUGUCUUCUUUUGGAGGUAUGCAUGGAGGCUACCAAAGCUAUGGAAAGAGCAGCAGUGUCUUCCAUCUCAACAUAAGGAAGGAUGAUUUGCAGGCCCUUUGUGUAGGCCCACAUUGCACGGUGUCUAAUAUGGCAAUUUAGAGGUCUUUGUGACCUAAAACAUAAUUUCACAGUACAUGGAUAUUUUUUGUACAACUGGAUAGAUGGGACCGGUUGACUGUAUGGGACUAGUAGGCUACUUUCAAAUGGGUUUCCAAAGAAUCAAAGCUAUCAUUCUAUGUGUCAAGCUGUAUGGUAGGCAUAUCUGGAAGUAGGGCUUGUUUUCACCAUCCUAUGUAUUUCCAUUUUCUUCUGAGAAAUGUGGAAGGUGAAAAUUAUUACCUGGGAGGAGCAAGAGCAAUCCAUUUCUUUAGAGCAGGAGUGAGAAACGUUUUUCAGCCCAAGGGCCACAUUCCCUUAAUGCGGGUUGCAUGUCAUAGGCAAGUAGGCCUACAGGCAGAUGUGGGUAGUGACAGAGACAAAGUGGGUGGAGCAAUUGAUGGGACUCUUACCUUCACACAGCAGGCAACGUUCCAGCCACGCAAAAGUCCGUGGUAUCACAUCCCACCCCACCCAUUCACCAAUAUCAUCCAUUCUGGCAAGCAAGUGGCAUGGACAGACUUCAUUAUACAUUAUAACCAGGCAAAAGCAGUUUAGGUGGCUAUACAGCUAGGUUUGGUUAUUUGUGGCCUGGGCAGAGUUCUGCAGGCAGGGAGUCCUUUCCUCAGUGGUACCUCUGGUUAUGAACUUAAUUUGUUCCGGAGGUCUGCAUUCUUAACCUGAAACCGUUCUUAACCUGAGGCACCACUUUAGCUAAUGGGGUCUCCCGCUGCGAUUUCUGUUCUCAUCCUGAGGUAAAGUUCUUAACCCGAGGUACUACUUCCAGAUUAGCGGAGUCUGUAACCCGAAUUGUUUGUAACUCGAGGUGUUUGUAACCCGAGGUACCACUGUACUUGGAAGUAUGCAUGCCUGCUGAUUUCCUGACAAAACUUUGAAAGCCAUCUAAUCUGGAAGGACUGUGACUAAUCUGUUUUCUGUCUUAGAUUUUGACUCCAUAAGAGCCUUUCAAGCUUGGGGAGGGGAAAGGGAAACAACUUAGAAUCCCAGCCCUUUGUCUACCUCCUCUGCCUACUCUUUUGUCUAUCAUAGCAGCUACUGACAUGGUGGAGGCAAGUUAGGUUUCCUAGUUCUGCUGCUUCUCCUCCCUAAACAAAACAUUGCUUCCAGGCUCUGAGAAGCAGAUGAAAAAUAUUUUCAUUCCCCACCCAUCUCAGGUGUUGCAUUUGAAGUAGGGAAGAGCAGCUUAAGUAGUGCUCUGUGUUGCCUCUUUGCCUUUUGAAUCUGGUGCUUUGGGUUUUUGUUUUUGUUUUAGUGAUGAUGAGAAACAUUGGUCCACCAUAACCUUGGAGUUGCCUGAAGGAGGGGCAUACCAUUCUUCCCAUAAGCUCCUGUUGUGGGUGUAGGCAGGUUCAGCUCCCUGGAUCAAGUUUACAGGCUGCUGCCCAGUCCUUAAAUGUACAGUCUAAACCUAAUGAAGAAUCUGGGGACAGUCAGCAGCCAAGCCAGCCUUCCCAGCAGCCUUCAGUACAGGCGGCCAUACCCCAGACCCAGCUCAUGCUGGCCGGAGGACAGAUCACUGGGCUCACGUUAACACCAGCCCAGCAGCAAUUAUUGAUACAACAGGCACAGGCACAGUUGCUGGCAGCUGCAGUGCAGCAUUCAGCCAGUCAGCAGCACAAUGCUGCAGGCGCCACCAUCUCAGCUUCUGCUGCAACGCCCAUGACACAAAUCCCUCUAUCUCAACCGAUACAAAUUGCACAGGAUUUGCAGCACCUGCAGCAGCUCCAACAACAGAAUCUCAACCUGCAACAGUUUGUGUUGGUGCAUCCAACAACCAACUUGCAACCAGCACAGUUCAUCAUCUCACAGACGCCGCAGGGGCAGCAGGCUGCCGCACACUGGGUCGGGUCAACAUCUUCAUCGAGUUACCCUCUACAACCUCAAGGUCUCAUUCCUGGUCUCCUGCAAGCGCAGAAUCUCUUAACGCAACUACCUCAGCAAAGCCAAGCCAACCUCCUGCAGUCUCAGCCAAGCAUCACUUUCACCUCUCAGCAGCCAGCAACCCCAACACGCACAAUAGCAGCCACCCCUAUUCAGCCACUUCCACAGAGCCAGUCAACACCAAAGCGAAUUGAUACCCCCAGCUUGGAAGAGCCCAGUGAUCUUGAGGAGCUUGAGCAAUUUGCCAAGACUUUCAAACAAAGACGGAUCAAACUUGGAUUUACUCAGGGUGAUGUUGGGCUCGCUAUGGGUAAACUCUAUGGAAAUGACUUCAGUCAAACUACUAUCUCUCGCUUUGAAGCCUUGAACCUCAGCUUUAAGAACAUGUGCAAGUUAAAACCACUUCUGGAAAAGUGGCUCAACGAUGCAGAAAACCUCUCAUCAGAUUCAGCUCUCUCCAGCCCAAGUGCCCUGAAUUCCCCAGGGCUGGGGAUUGAGGGCUUGAACCGCAGGAGGAAGAAACGCACCAGCAUAGAGACCAACAUACGUGUGGCCUUAGAGAAGAGUUUCCUGGAGAACCAAAAGCCUACCUCGGAAGAGAUCACCAUGAUAGCUGACCAGCUGAACAUGGAGAAAGAGGUGAUCCGUGUUUGGUUCUGUAACCGGCGCCAGAAGGAGAAAAGGAUUAACCCACCAAGUAGUGGUGGAACCAGCAGCUCGCCCAUCAAAGCAAUUUUCCCUUGCCCAACAUCAUUGGUGGCAACCACACCAAGCCUUGUGACAAGCAGUGCAGCUACAACCCUGACUGUCAACCCUGUGCUCCCUCUAACCAGCGCGGCAGUAACUAGUUUGGCAGUCACAGGCACCACAGAAACCAUCCCCAACAACACAGCGACUGUGAUUUCUACCGCACCCCCGGCUUCCUCGGCAGUGACAUCACCCUCCCUGAGUCCCUCUCCUUCUGCCUCCGCUUCCACUUCUGAGGCAUCGAGUGCCAGUGAGACCAGCACAACACAGACAACCUCCACCCCCAUGUCCUCAGCAAUUGGGACCAGCCAGGUGAUGGUAACUGCUUCUGGGUUGCAAACAGCAGCUGCAGCACUCCAAGGAGCUGCACAGUUGCCUGCAAAUGCAAGUCUUGCUGCUAUGGCAGCAGCAGCAGGACUAAAUCCAGGCUUGAUGGCAUCCUCACAGUUUGCAGCUGGAGGUGCCUUACUCAGUCUCAAUCCAGGGACACUAGGCGGUGCUCUCAGCCCAGCUCUGAUGAGUAACAGCACUCUGGCAACUAUUCAAGCUCUUGCAUCUGGUGGCUCUCUUCCAAUAACAUCACUGGAUGCAACUGGGAACUUGGUAUUUGCCAAUGCCGGAGGUACGCCAAACAUCGUCACUGCCCCUCUGUUCCUGAACCCUCAGAACCUUUCACUGCUCACCAGCAACCCAGUUAGCUUGGUCUCUGCAGCUGCAGCCUCCGCAGGGGCCUCUGGACCAGUUGCCAGCCUUCAUGCCACCUCCACCUCAGCAGAGUCUAUCCAGAACUCUCUCUUCACCGUGGCCUCGGCCAGCGGGGCUGCCUCCACCACUACUACUGCCUCCAAGGCGCAGUGAGUUGGACUGAGCUGUGCUUACCCAGAGCCUAUUUUACUCUGCAGUGAGAUGGGCUGCCAGCUGGGUUUACAAACUGCAAAAUGUGAUUGGUUUCCUCUCACCAUGUUGCUGGGGUCAAGGGAGAGAAGGAAAAAUACAAAAGGAAAAAAACCAAGAAGAAGGAUUUAAAACUGGGACAAACAUUUGCCUAAUUUUAUAAUAAACACUGUCUUUUCAGGAUUGCUUCAUUGACUGGAGAACUUUCUAACCAAAAAUGUAUAAAACAAAAAAGGACUACUUAUCAUUUCCAGCAGUAUCAAUGACAAGUUAAGGUGGGUUAUCAACUCAAACGUAGGAACGGGAUUUCUUCUUUCUUUUUGAUCUAAAUAUCUUUUUUUAAUUAUCAUUUAUUGGUCUGUUGUACAGGCCAUAAUGUCAUACAAGGUGUUUAUAAUCUUAUCAAUCGUGUUGGGGGUUCCUUUCUUAACUGGUACAAUUUAGGCAGGCCUGUAUUACUGAUGUAUCUCUUUAUGAUUAUUAUUAUUAUUUUUAUAAAUAUAUAUAUAUAUAUAGUUCGGACACAUUUGUCUGCUCCUGGAACAGUUUCAGUGAGCUCCCAUGCCACACAGAGGGAGGAGCAAAGAGAGGGAAGCAUGUGAAUUGCAAAUGUUCUUUGGUUUCCUUUUCCCUGGCGGUAUGUUUUUCGGGAUUCUCUCAGAAAUGUUGGCGGCUAAGUGAACAUGCAGAGGGUAAUGUGCAAAGAUAGUCCAUGCUUGUGAGAUGGGAGUUCUGAUUGGACAGCUGUUUGCUCAGCACACUUGGGCCAAAUCUAGCUCUCAUUUGCACGUCUUUGGCUCCUGUUGAUGCCAAGGGAGGAAGGAUUUGGCCCAUAGGUUCUGUCUUCAGCACCUGUGCUGGCCACUGUCUUAUCUCAUAAUUGCAUGGAAAUGGCCACUUUACAACUGGGAAUAUUUCUGUUAUUUACUUUCUCAGGAGGCUGCCUGUAUUGGUGAUAAUUCAUAUGCAUUCGUUGAACCUUCCUACCAGCUGUUUGGCAUAGAAUUUUUGAACGCUGCAUUGGUUCAUCUCUAAGAACUUACUUUUUCUGGUGUCUCCAAUAUGAUUGUACUGAAAAUGUUUUCAACUUAAAACAUUUCUAUUCCAGAAGUAAACUGGGUCAUGUGAGCAAGUACUGUUUUAUGCCAACACAGCAGGUCGUGCUCCAUUCUAAAUAGUUUGUAAUGUUCUUUGACACUGUUCACUGCUCUGGAAAAAGUUGGUAAGGAAUUCUCAGAAAGCUGACCAGCGUGCCGUGGAGAGUGUUGUCUUUCUGGUGAACACUGGCAUGUUGCAUGCAUCUUGCAAUAUUUCAUGCUAUUUCUGGGUGAUGCUGCUGCUAGCUAGAUCAUUUAUGGCAGUGAUAAACACCUCUACUAGAGAGGGGGAAAUGUUUCCAAGCAACGUAACAAGUGGUAUGCGCAAACAGCUGCUGACAAUGGAUGAGAGAGAGACUGAGGAGACAGAGAUUAAUUUAAAUGUUAUGCUGGUCUGAAUCUAAAUUUUUGCUGCUGAGAAGAGAUUGGAUGACUGCAAUGUACUUGGAACUCUCCAAUCUCUUUUUAAGGUGAAUUGAAAAGGAUCUUCAAGAAGGAGGAGGUGCCCAGUUUUUCUUUUCACUAAGCCUGGGGAGAAGGGGAGUUCCAGCACUCAUGUAAUUAUAUUGCAUUUCAUGCCAAAGGUAAUUAUUUAAGCUCUCAUCACCUGAUAUCAUUUAUCACCUGAUAUCAUGAUGGCAGUAACUUUAUUCUCAAUUCCUUCUCUGGCUGAUGAUCCCAAUUCAGAGAGCUGGCAUUAAUGCUCAACUAGCAGAAAUCUUUGUCUCUUCUCGCAUACUGUCAUGCUGUUUGCUCUCUGUUCGUAUCUGAAUUUCCAACUUCCUGUUUCACAAGCUAUUUAAAAAUAAUGAAUUCUUCCUAAAACUUUAAAAAACUUGUGAACUGUAAGCAGGGAAAUGAGCAAAUGUCCGUCCACCGUCUUAUGUGUGUUUGAUUUUUUUUAAUGUUUUAUUUUUUUAAAACUAAGCUUGAACCAAAGUCAAUUUCUAGCAAGCUGCUGUACUAAUGGACUAGUUUGUAUAAGUGCAGUUCAGAUGCAGAGAGGUGAUAGAUGCUACUGACAAUUUCUUUUCAUUUUUUAUUUUAUAUAAAAAUUGCUGCUUGUUUUAAUCUUUUUUGGGGGUGGGGGGGUCUUUUAUAUAUCCUUGGGGCAGACAAAAUCUCAACUUGAUUAUUAUCUAAUUUCCGUGGUUUGGUGUGUAAAUAGAAUGGCAAUGGCAGAUGGUUACUAAUUCAACUGUUCCCACAUCCUCCUUAGCAGUUUGGCUCAAUCUAUAUACUGUGGUGUGACUGUCUCCAUGAUUUCAGUCUCAGUUUAAAAAUAUAGGGCUAUGAAUAAUACUGUGUGUUAAGGUUUUAAGUGGCCCAUAGCAACAGCUUGGAGCAGUCAAAUGUAUGAAAGGAUGGCAGAGGAAAGACAGGUACCCAUUAUGUUGGUCUCAAGGCCAUAGUGUUGACUAGUUUCUACCAAAGGAAAUAUCAAUCCCAUGGAUUUUUUAUUUUAUUUUAUUUUUUGUCCAUUGAAAUUAGAUCUAUGUAACUUGUGUUUUUUGGCACACACACAUCCAUACGUAUAUAUUUUAAUAGAGGAGAUGGUGAUGACUUCUGAACUGUGGCAUUUAUUUAGCUAUGAAUUUCAAACAUCAAGGAGGAAGCCCUUCAUAUUUAUGUACAAAAAAUAAAGAGAACACAGCCCUGUAAAUCGCCCCAAAGCUCUCAAGGAUUAAGAGAAACUGUUUAUUCAAUUGACUAGCUGCUUCUUCUUGGGUUCACUGUUUGCAGUUAGAGGACACAAUGAAUCUGGAACACUAAUGUAGCUCAGAUGAUGGCCAUAAAAAUCUUGCUAUAGUAUUCACAGUAUUCACAUAUUGUUAGUGUGAGCACCUUUAACCUUUAUUUCUCUUAUUCAUGCCACGGCCACACUACUAGCAGAUUUCACAGCAAGUUCUGGUGAAAGAAACUGGAAGCUCAAAAAAAAUGCAGCUAAAAUGCUUUGGUUGAAUUGUAUUCAUCUUAUUUUACAUAUUCCAUUCCUCAUAUCACUCAUCCCUAAUGCAUUGGUGCUUGUUCCCAGCAGCACAGAGAUACCAGGAUCUGAAUAGCUGUCACUCUUUCAUGUUGAUCUUGGCUAUAUAUUUCACAUGGCCAUAUUAAAACACACACACACACACAACUUCCCAUUCUAGAGCAGCCAGCCCCAACCUGGUGCCCUCCAGAGUACCAUUCCCAUCAGUCCUAGCUAUUCUGGAAAAAAGGCUGCUCUAGAGAGAUAGAUAAUCUGCCCUGGAACCUCACAGUUAUAAUACAUUUCUGUUACCACAAAGUUACAAGGAUAAUCACAGAAGUCAUGGAACAUUCUGGUAGUAGUGAAAAUUUUCUGGUCACUACCAAGUGCAAUUCUUGUAAUCCAAAACAAUGUGUGAUACCCGUGUCCCUAAUAUCCAGUACUAACCGUUCUUCCAUGACCACAUUAGUUGAACAAAUUGGUCCAGCAUUCCAGUGUUCUAGAAAAUGUUAAUUUUAUUUUCAUUUUUUCAGUCAUGGGUUAUUAGGGUGUCAUUUCAUUUCACACAGUUUCAGAUCGGUUUCAUAGGCCAAAGUGUGAAACGUUUGCUUGCAAAUUUGAGAGAUUUCAGUGCACCUUUCAUUACCAAAAAGGAAAGGAGUAGGUUAAUCCUCAUACCUGCAGUUUCCACAGCUGCAGGUUACUUAUGAAAAUGGCCGAGUUCAGUCCAUGUCCCUUUCAGAUGAGUUGGAAUUUUUCUAUUGAUUUUAGAGAAGCCAGAGUGCCAGAACCUUAUUGGGUGCAAAUACUACUUCCUUGAAAGGUGUGAAAAAUGAGGAUAUAUUGAGCAAACAAACCAUUGGUAGGUGAGUUAAAACAUCUAUUCAAGUUACCCUAAGUUGUGUGCACUUAGGGCCAGUGUGGACACUUUCUGUUGUAGGAGAGUUGUUCUUCCAGCUGAAUACAUAGCUCAUCAUACUGAUGGACAAACUCCCAAGGUUCAUAAUUUCAAAGUAAAGUUGUUUUUCCACACCUUUUUGAAUCUGCCCAUAGAUACCAAUUUGCACAUUACAUAUUCCCAUGUAUGAGGCUCACACAUACGAGUAAUGUCUGAAUGUGCUCUUACCUUGCAGUUCACUCUUUUGGGGGGGCAGAACGUUCAUGUUUUUCAGGCAGUGUGUAUAGAUAUAUUUGAUCGCUUCCUUUGUAAGGUUUGUGCUUAUGAAGUAUUAUAAAUGUAAACUAUGUGUGAUACUCAACUAUGCUUUACCCAGAGUAGAGCCAUUGAAAUUAAUGGACCUAAUGUAGUCAUUGUCCUUAAUUUCAGUGUGCCUACUCUGCAUAAAAUUUAGUUGAGUACCACCCUAUAUCUCUACAUUAUUUUGCCAUCUUGAGAAUGUAUAACUGCUCCAUAUAUCUGUGCCAGGGUUGGUGGGUGGGAGAUUAGCCAAUAAUUCUGCUGGUCCAAGCAAGGCUUCCAGGCAGUCUAGCAUCUCAACCUUCACUUGAGUGAUAGAUUGCUAAGACUGAAGAGAAACAGUUAUAUAAGGCAGGGUGGAGUCUUAUUGGCUCUUUGGGUCACCUUAUGGCCAUUUGUAGUGCCAGAGCAGCAGAGAUCAGCCCAACUGUUCACUCUUCCUGCAAGCAGCCCCAGUAGCACCGGCAGUAAGAUGUCUGGGCCAUGAAUUAGUUUACCUUGGAGAUAAGCAAGCAUGCCUAAUGUAGGAAUUGUCAUUAACCCAGGGCACUCAGGAGUACCAGUGCAGUAGAUUACAACAUAUGACAGAAAUGAGAUGGAGAGAAUUUCUCAUAAAAGGGGGGAUUUGAAAAGUUUUUGCUGUUUUUCCCACCUACCACCUAAAUAUGCAUGCCACGUGAACGCGCAUGGACAGUGGUCAUUCAAUGUCACUUCCCCUGAUGCAUAGGGUUGGAUCAGUUGUAAUAUUCCCAAUAUCUUAACCAUGACUAAGGAAGGUGGGCUGCAGGAUCCCUGCGUUCAUGUUAACCAUGGCUCAGGUGAAUGCCAGCACAGACAUUAACCGUGUUUAAGGCUGACAGAAAGAGGGUAGGGAAAUUGCAGUCCUACAGCCUGCUCUGCACUAAGUCUGUACCUGCUCAGAAACAUUACAAAGUUGCUUUACAAUGACAUGAUAUUUAUGUGAGUUACUAGAACCCUGAUGCCUGGGCCUGUGUACAAACAUGGCUAGGAAAAGCUACAAACAUGAUAUUAUAAAAAUGGGUCGCCUGGCUGUCCUGUGAUGGAAAAGCAGUUGUGAAUGGUGAAUCCAUGCUAUAUUUUUUAAAAUAACUCCUAAGCUUCAAUUGCCAAGGAAAAUACCUGAUAGGUUAAGUUUAGUUUUAUGUUGAUUGUCAUCUAAGACAUUUUUACUGGAUAAGUUCAACCAAAGAUGUUAUUGAUUGAAGUUAUAAAGGAAGAACAGAAGUACUUAUAGCUGAAUUCACAGUGCCAGAAACCAGGCUUAAGAGUCUAUUGUUGCCUUAUCUCCUUACCUUCCCUAUUUCAGUUGUAUGUUAUGUGGGGUUAGGUUGGUAAUAGCAUGCUUUAACUAUCUUUCUAAUUGCUGUUCUAAAAACCUUGAAGAAUGUAGGCUGCCCAUUACAAGAUAAAGCCUGUAUUUUAUUUGCUACCACACUGAUGGCUUAUUUCAGUUAGUGGAUGUUGGGCUAUACUGCAGCCUAAGCAAAGACUGGCUCUGAUGCAGUGUUUGGCACUUGAGGUGGAGGGUUCACGUGAUUUUUGCAUGGGGCAUUUAUUUAUGUUCAGGAUCUAGUAGCAACUUUGUGAGACCACAUUCAAAAUAUUUGCAUCAAAUAUUACAUAGCAAGUGUGAGCACUGAACAGAAAACACAUAGAUUCAUUCAUUCUUGUAAGUGAUAAGAUCUGGGAAAAUAUCACUCAAGUCUUGCUUUAUGAACUUUUUUUCCCAAUUUAAAUGUAAUAUUGCACUGGUUCCACUGUGGGGCCAUACAGUUAUGCUUGGGGUUGAGCUGCAGGGGCAGUUAGCAUCACAAGGAUGCAAAAUUCACUUACUGACUUGAUUAGUGUUUGGUAUAAUUAAAGCUUUUGCUAUGGCCUUGUUGCUUUUGGAGCCACACAAGUGUAGCAACUAUAUUUACCAUACAAGUUCCUUUAUUAACCUUUCAGAUGACACUUUUGUUACGUAGAAUUAUUUAACAAUAUCUUAUUGAUGGCUAUAUUUUUCAAUAACAUAAUUUCUUGUAAUGGAAGUGCACAUUUAGGCAAAUGCAUCAUUUCAUCAGAUUCGUGCUGUUAAUGACCUUUUAAAAACAACAUCCCACGUAGAAGUCUCUCUUCUACUUUGAACACGUAGUCCUUUCUCUCCGACAUUAGGAGUAUGUUUAUGCUCGAUCUGUAUGUGCCUACACACACUUUUUAGAAGAUAAAUUCUAAAAGCGUUCUAGAGGUUCAUAAAUGUAUAUAGGUAUAAACCGUUAUAGAUAAAACACUACCAAAGGAGAAUCUGGCUGGCUGAUUAUGGUUAUUCAUCUCUAACCAAAACUUCUCAGGACUCGUUAGCCAAUUUUUUUACAAAGUUACAAUCUAAUGUUUUUUAAGCAAUACACUCUCUUAAUACAUUCACCUGCAAAGUUCUUGCUCCAUGCAGUUAUUAGGCCAGGUUGAACUUGCCAAUAGGGAGAUUUCUAUUGGCUUAAGUGAUAAAAGUUGGCUGAGAUCCCUGAGCAGCUUGAAUGGACUUUUGAUGCCGAAGUCCAUGCCCUGUAUGAACAGCUUCAGGGGGGGAAAAGGAAUGCACCUGGAACUAGUGCCAAUUUACCCAUAGUCUUCUUACUUUUGUGAGUGUUGUGGGAUGGCAUACCGUCCAGUUUGUAAACAUUCACCCACCCACCCUCCCCAGUGUUGGCUGAAGGGCCCUUGAGCAAGAGAUCUUCCAUGGGUUCCCCCACCCUCCUCAGUCCCUCAGCAAAUCUCCCUUAUCACUGGAGCAGAACAAGGAGACUCUUGGCAGUAGAGGGCCUUGAACAGAUGCCCAGCCAUGCCAGUCCUCUCUGUCUUUUUGCUGUAUGCCCAAAAUGUUUUCAGAUUACACAGAUUUAAUCAAAAGGCAUUUGAUUAUUAGUCAAUGGAAAAAUGAAACCUAUAUUUCAUUUCCACUUCUCUAGGGAGACUUCCAAAAGUUUAAAAUUCUUAAUACAGACAUUUAUAUCAAUUGUGAAAGAAAACGAGAUAUAUUGGACCUAGCAUUGAUUAGUUGCCACAGCCUAUCCCUAAUACAUUUCUGAAUCGGUUUUGCAAUGUUGAGUUCAGCCUCACUACCAACAGAUCACAUUAGUCUUUAAUCCUCCUGGGAUAGUAUGCAGGAUAAGAGGUCUGCUCCACACAUUUCACUUUCCUACAUACAGAUAUAGCAUCCUUUUAGGAAAUUGCAUCAUAAUGUGCAGUGCCGGUUGCUAUUUAUGCAUAGACAUUAUCUGUGAAGGCAAAUUACAGUGUAUGAAGUGACUCUUGAGUCACACUGGAAUUAAAUUUGCUUUAUUCUUGAGAGAAAGAAAAGUCGUAGUCACACAGCCUGACAUUGCUUUACUGCUAUGACCUUUACUGACCUUUGUCCAAACAUGCGGUAUACAUGUAGUUGGGCUGAAUGUUGGCAUGAAGCUUGCCAAAUGCUUUUGACCCUAAGGAGCAAAAUGAAGGCUUCUCCUCUGACAUAACUUGGGAGUCUUGUUCCACCCCUUCUCAUCUCUCUGUAAGCAGGCACUGUUACAGGGUUGUAGGAACAAUGCUUUUUGGUAGCAGCUGGCUUUCUGGCACCUUUUUUUAAGAAAAUAAAAUACCUCAACAUAGCUUUAGUAUCAUUUGCAGAAUGGAAAAUCGGGAGAGAAAAACUUUAUAAAUAAUGGAAGUAAUUCUAGCUGUAGAGUUUAGUUUUGAAGACCCUGACCUUUGCUGUAUGUAUUUGCAGUUCUGUAUUUAGGCUACAACUUUAUAGGGUAUGGGGAGGGGGGAAGGAGAGAGAGUUAGCUGUGCUAGAAGGCAAAUGUUGCUUGCAACGUCUUUUUCUACUUUGUCAUUGGCUAUCGUUGUCAACACGCUACAUAACAGCAGACGUAACUGAGUUGCUGUAUUGCUUCCAGGGUCCUCUAGGUGUGCAUGACCUCUGCCUCCCUGCUUGCUUUCUAUUGGCAAACCAAGGGCCUUGAUGGGGAUGUAAAUAUUGAGCAAGUUUGUGUGCUUGGAGGAGGGCAUACAAGGAGAUGAAUUAGCAACCUAUUUUAGUCUACGUAGUUGCACUAGGGCCAAGACUUUUACAUUUGGAAAAGGAGGAGGAUAUUUGGGAGAACAAAGUGAAACAGUUCUUUUUAUCCCUGCUUGUCGUGUUAUUGAAUGUAGUAUGUGGUGAUUAAUUUAAUUUUCUAAUAGCAAUGCUAAUUCUGUCUAGACCAAAAAUAGCAGCAGAGAAACCAAACUAAAUGCUAACCUGCUCCUAGUACCUAAGUACAGAGUACCUGAAAGAGAGAAGAUUCUGUGAGGCAGACUUCAGGAGAAAAUAUGUGGGUUUUAUUUUUAUGGAAGGUUGAGUCAUUUUUCUCUUACAGCACAUGGUUCAGAUUUUGGAUGGCGUUCUUGGGAGACUUCAUCUGCUUCCAUCCUGACUCUGAAGCAUCUCCUUUCUCUGAUUGCAGAAAAAUACAGAGUGGGUGUUUGUGUGGGGAAGUAUAUUUCCAGGGGUGGGAAAGGAAAACCUGAGCUUCAGCUGGAGGGGUAGAAUUUCCAAUGUUUGAUAGGAACCAAAGGUAUACUGAUUAGUUUUUGGCAGUUCUGCUGUUUUCAGGGUGUCUUUGGCAAAAAAAAUUGGGUGGUCUUAGAGGUUUGGUUUGAUGACUCUUGACUUGGAGGAUCUCCUCAUGUGUUGGUUUUCCUACCUUCUUAAUGCACAGGGUUGGUUUGGAUACUUUUUCUGAGGACAUACUGGAGGCAAGUUCUAUUCAGUACAGCACCCAAGAUCACAAGCAGCUGUUGGAUGUAUGGAAAACUUGGUUUAUUUCUUAAAAUAUCAAAACUGCAUUGUCCUCUGUUUCACAUCAUUUCAGAAGUCCUGUGGGUUUUCAUAGUGGAAAACCUUGGAGACGUCUUUCUUUCCUCCCCGGAAUAGCUUUGGGCAUUGUCACAUUACAUGCUGUUGGCUUGAUGAAUUGCAUCAGUCAAGCCUGACGUGUUCAUGUGUGAAGCAAGGGAGGAGGUAAAUAUAUAUUAGUUGUCCAGCUAUUCUUCCUCUGGAAAUCAGCUGGGAUGCAGAACUUCCCUGGAAAGCUUUACUAAUAGACUUAUUGUUCUGACAUUAUGUAAAGUGGUAUUAAUAUUGUGUGACUUUUCUAAGAGCUAGGUAGGUUUAUAAGUAGGUAAUAGGGAAAUGGAAAAUGACUUCUCAAAGAUAAGAGCACUUGGAACAAAAGAUGUGGAAAACAAGGUGUGCUUUAAAAGAAAACAAAUCUGAGGAAGGAAAUGAAACAACCAGUUGGGAGAUGGGAUCAUGAGAGGAAGAUCCUUAGUACUAUGAGGAUGGUUGGAAUGUCUCCCCUCUUCUGCCUUAUUUCUCUUUACCUCACUCGGGCGAAAAUAUGGGUUUAAUAGUUUGUUGUCGGCUCUUUCCCCAAACAUUUCUAAAACUCUGAUCUUUGUUCUCACCAAAAAUUCUCUCUUUACUUUUUACAAGGUAGAACCCAUCAAAAUAAAAGCCUUCCUGAAGUAUUUCUAGCAGAAAUCUCCUUACCCCACCGGGGGCUAUAAGUGUACAUGGUGAAUGUUUCUGGCAAGAGUACUACAGGAAUAGUGGUAAAUAUUAAGGAGUACAGAUCUGUGUCAAAUUAAUAUUUGCACAAAGCAAACCAGCCACUCUGCCCAAAAGCCUUGGAACAGACACCUUUUGUCGGGGUUGGGGGAAAACUCACUUGUCCCAUCUAAUCCAUGUUAGCAUAUUGGCAUUUUCAAUCCAGUUUCUGUAUUUGAAUUUGAGGAAGAAGCCACAGCAGAUACCCAUAUACUGAUUGGUAGGUCACUUCCAUUUAUUUGAACCUCCCUGGAGGAAGAUCUAGGCUUUUCUCUAAAAUCCAGGAGAUAAGAGGUCAGGUGCAAGUGCAUUUGAGAGCAUCAUGGGACACUGGCUGUUCUGCACUCCCCUGGUCCCCCCAUGUUGCUGUUCCAUUUCCUUCUUCUGUGGUAGUGUCUAAGGCUAGGUGUGAGUAAGUGUCGGGUGUUUAUCCGCCACAGGUACGGGAGCUGUCGUAUACCUCAUUUCUAACUCAUAACUGAGUAACUUGCUUUAACUUUCUCCAAACCCUACAGAGUUGCCAAGACUGCCCUCCCUCCCUUGAUUAACGUUGAACUCUGGCUUAUAGCAUCCUGUGACCUGCAACCUGGGGGGGCGACCCCCUAAAGCCUCUGAAUGUCGCUGCUUAAAAGCUACUGCAAACUGAGGGCAAAUUGCAAUCUUCUAUUUCUUUUGGUUACCAGGGGUCCUCUCGUAGUCUGUGAAUAUCCAUCUCCAUUCCCAAUCCGUGCAUGAAACCUCCAUGCUGCCUUCUCCCUCCCCCUGGUGAGAUGUCAGGGCUAUAAUGUACUGCAGGGUCAAGGCAGGACCCUGACAGCUCCUCUCAGCCAAGUGCUGCAUGCAUAUUGCUCACUACUUUUUCAUUUUUUUUUCUCAUGCUCCUCCCAUAUUUAAUUUCCUUCUUUUAUUAUUUGACAAUCUUGUUCCUCCCCCUCCCCCCUCUAGGCUAACCAGAAGCUGCAUCCCUGUUCCUUCUGCCAUUUUACUUUGAAUGUAGUUUUCCCACCCUUUGGAAAGAGAAGCUUUUCCAGGUCACGGUGCACUGCUAUAUGCCGAGGGGGGCGGUUUCUUUGUUUUGUUUUGUUCUUUUAGAAAUUUCCAGCCAAAACCAAAGAUUUCCUAAUGAUUGUAUAAACUCAAAACAAACAAACAAACAAACCAAAGACAAAAGGGGCGUCUUCAGCACCAAUCAUAUCUAUAAGAUGACUCGGUCCCAUCCUGUGCUAACUUGCUUGGGAGACCAAGUUCUGUUUGACCUCCACAAAUCCAAAGGCACACAGCCAUUGGGAGGGAGAGUUCAGUGGGGGAAAGUGAUGGACUCUGCAGAUUGGUUGUGAAGCUGAAGACAUUGGUGCAUGACUGGCGGCUCUGGUGGGUGCUUUUAACCCUUUGGGAGCUGGGUGAUAUUAAUACACGCUGAGGUGCACUUCUGAGCUCUCCCCCCCAUGCCCCCCCCGCCACUGCUUGGAAGAGGCUGUCCUGUUGUGCAAAAUCUCUGAAAAAAUGUUUUGUUUUUCUUUCUCCCCCCUCCUUUUUUGUUGUUUAAUUAUUUUUGCAGCACCACUGUGCAACUAUGCAUUGUAUUUCUCAACCUUUUGUGCUAGCUAGGUAGAUGCCUAUGACUUUUUAAACUUUGGGGGAGGGGGGGUUGCCAAUGAAGGAACUUUUUACAUGGAUCUUUUAAAUCUCAGUUGAUUAGGGGGUGUUUGGUUCUAGGGUCAUACAAGCUCUAUCCCAAAGCAAAAUCCAAAUGUUAAUAAUAUUAGCCUGAUGCAGAUACCAAAGAUAAUUUCUUUCCUGCAGAACCUUAGACUUGUGUAUUAAGUACAAUUACCCAGCACUUGCAUUAGUCUAACCUCAGUAAUUCCAAAGCUUAGAUGUAUAUUUUGGUAUAUUUCUGGGAUAUUAAAAAUGUUGUUUAAAUUCUUGUUUGUUUCAGUGUAAUGCUCUUAAAGUCAUAGCAUGGAGAUAACUGAAUUGUCUUAUUCUUAGUAGUUUGAAAUAAUAGUAUUUUUGUAUGUUUUGGGUGUGUCAAUGUAUGUAUUAACACAACAGUUUUCACUGCCUAGGUGUUCAUAAUUGAGAAAAAGUGUACAUAAUCUGUAAUUUCCACCAGAUUGUCGAUUUAGAUUGCAUUUUCUCUGAUUGCCAUUCCCAACAGGGAGAUCUUUAUUCCUUUUUUUUUUAAAGAGACAGCAUGCUUAUAACAGUGAGAUUGUACUUUUGCCCUCCCAUAAAGGUCCAGUUCCCUGGAAACAUUGUCCUUUAAUUUUGAAAGGUGAGGCAAGACAUUGAACAACUAAAAGCAUGGCUAUUACUAUGCUAGGAAUUUAUGCUUUUUGUUUUUAAAGUGGGGGAGAGGCAUCUUGCCAACAAAGCUAUGGUUUGAGGAAAUUGAUUUGGAAAAUCCUGAGCUCUUCCUAUGGCAAAAAAUAGAUAUUUGUGUUGAUUUUAGAGCUUCACUGUUGUCAACCAUCAGGUUGGCUUAUUUCUUCCUCAGGCCUGCUAAUGUGGUCAAUUGUACAGCUUAAUUCUCAUGAACACUUUGUAUCUAACUGUGAUAAAUAUAUUAAGAUACAAUGCAUUCUUGCCUAACUUUCAAUUUGAGAACUGUAAGGCCCUAAUUUGAAACUGUGUGUGUCUCCAAAAUGGAGAUGAAAAGGAUGCUGUCUCUUUAAAUAUACCUUCUAUUUUUUCCCUAGUGGCUGCCUACAGGUGGCUGUGGGCAUUGAGAGAGACUGUGUAGAUUAUAGUGAAUCAGGAUGAAAAUGGUAGAUUUUGUGUAGAUGCAUUUGUCUGCUGUAAUUUUUAUAUAUAUAAAACUUACUGUAAUUGUACAGUUCAUUUCUGUUGUAAACAUCAUUAAACCAUUUUUCCAAGUGUUUUAACAUG